GCCUCGAUUCUGCAUGUGGGAACUUGUUAUUAUUUUAGGAAGAUUCAAUCGUUAUAGUACUAUUGGAUUCUCGAUCUUGAUUUUGAUUCUGGGAUUUUAAUUGAUAUAAAAAAAUGUUUGGGAGAGCACCAAAGAAAAGCGACAACACCAAGUACUAUGAGGUUCUUGGAGUCUCAAAGAGUGCUUCACAGGAUGAUCUAAAGAAGGCUUAUAGGAAAGCAGCAAUCAAGAACCAUCCUGACAAGGGCGGUGAUCCUGAAAAGUUCAAGGAGUUGGCACAAGCAUAUGAGGUUCUGAGUGACCCUGAGAAACGUGAGAUAUAUGAUCAGUAUGGAGAGGAUGCCCUCAAGGAAGGAAUGGGCGGGGGCGGAGGCGGCGGCCAUGAUCCGUUUGAUAUCUUCCAAUCAUUCUUUGGUGGUGGUAAUCCGUUCGGUGGUGGUGGUAGCAGCAGAGGCCGAAGGCAAAGGCGGGGCGAGGAUGUGAUCCACCCCCUUAAAGUUUCUUUUGAAGACCUUUAUAAUGGCACAUCCAAGAAGCUUUCUCUUUCACGCAAUGUAAUCUGCUCCAAGUGCAAGGGUAAAGGUUCCAAGUCCGGAGCAUCAUCAAAAUGUGCUGGUUGCCAGGGUUCUGGAAUGAAGGUCUCCAUAAGACACCUUGGUCCUUCUAUGAUCCAGCAAAUGCAGCAUCCCUGCAAUGAAUGCAAGGGUACGGGCGAGACAAUUAAUGAUAAGGACCGUUGCCCUCAAUGCAAGGGUGAAAAGGUUGCUCAGGAGAAAAAAGUUUUGGAAGUAGUUGUUGAGAAGGGCAUGCAAAAUGGGCAGAGGAUAACGUUCCCUGGAGAAGCUGAUGAGGCACCUGAUACUGUUACAGGGGACAUCGUCUUCGUCCUACAGCAAAAGGAUCACCCUAAGUUUAAGAGAAAGGGUGAUGACCUAUUUGUUGAGCACACCCUAUCUCUUACUGAGGCACUCUGUGGCUUCCAUUUCGUCUUGACCCAUUUGGAUGGAAGGCAGCUCCUGAUAAAAUCUCAACCUGGGGAAGUAGUCAAGCCUGAUCAAUUCAAGGCUAUAAAUGAUGAAGGAAUGCCAAUGUACCAAAGGCCAUUUAUGAGAGGGAAGCUCUACAUUCAUUUCAGUGUUGAUUUCCCAGAUUCCCUGUCCGCUGACCAGUGCAAGGCCUUGGAGGCUGCUCUUCCUCCACGAGCCUCUGUUCAGCUGACUGACAUGGAGCUUGAUGAAUGUGAGGAAACUACUUUACAUGAUGUGAACAUCGAGGAGGAGAUGAGAAGGAAACAGCAGCAACAGGCCCAAGAAGCCUAUGAUGAAGAUGAUGAUAUGCAUGGUGGUGCCCAGAGGGUACAGUGUGCUCAGCAAUAAUCACUGAAAUAGGGAUGCCAGUGGGUGAGGAGAACUGAAUGUGAUUUGACAACAAAUUAUUUAGACAAUUAUUUAUAGACUACCUAGUUUCUUGUAUGAAUAUUUAUGUUCGCAGAGUGGUAAUUGCGUGGUGUUUGAACCUUUGAAAGAACUCCAAGAACAGGUACUUGAAUUUC